AGCUGACAGUGAGAAUUGGGAAUUUCCAAAUAAACCCCAGCGAAAAUUUCUGUCCUUUCCUUAUUGUAAGCUGUUUUUUCAAGUUGGUUGUUUUUGUGCGAAGAAUAAUCAACGAAUAAGCUCGGUAAAAUGGAUAAUAAGUUUAAAGAAGACUUUGAGUUAGAGUUAGAUUCUGACGAUGUGGAAGUCGAUUGUGCUAUGAUUGAACCUGUACAUCCGAUACCCCCUGCGGAUUUAUCAAAAGAACUACCAACAAAGGACAUUCGUUAUACAAGCAUAGAAAGUGGAUAUGGUUCAGUAACAUCUUAUAAUUCUGCAUGUGAUUCUGGACUUAUUGAUGAGUUUGCAAAUUUAAAAUUAGCACAAAUCAAAGAGACUGUAGAACCUUCAAAACCAUGUGAUUUAUAUGACGAACCCAAAGAAAAAGAUAUCGAUGGAUUAAGACCAGAUCAACCAGCAACAAAACCAGAAUAUAGUGAAAAUGAAGAACUUUUAUUGGAAAUCUUCAAACCGGAUAAGGAUGGCGACUCGCAGCUACACAUGGCAAUCAUCCAGUUGUUAGCACCUAUAGCUCUCUACUUUAUAAAUCUAGUUCCAAGUCAUCACUGGCUUAACCUUCCAAACAAUCUUUUGCAAGUUCCUCUUCAUCUAGCAACAAUAACUCGACAGACUGUGAUCGUUAGGAAAUUAAUGACAGCGGGAGCUGAGAUCGUAGCCCGUGACUACAAAGGAGACACACCCUUACACAUCGCCUGUCGAGAGGGAUUUGACGAUGUUGCAAAAAUUCUUUUGACGCCAAUACAAUACAAUGAAACUGGUGAAAUACGAUACGAAAUGGAACAACAAAAAGUACCUCAGGACACACAGCUAAUGAAUUAUAAUGGUCAGUCUUGUUUACAUUUGGCCGCAGAAAGAUGUCAUUUACCGAUUCUACGAUUGUUAUUACAGAAUAAUGCUGAUAUAAAUAUCAAGGAUGGUAAAUGUGGGAAAACUAUUUUACAUUAUGCAGCAGAGACCAGGAAUAGUGUUCUUUUAGAGUUCCUGUUACAGCAUCUUAAUAUAAUUGAUUUAAAUGCUACAACUUAUGGAGGAUUGACAGCCGUUCAAUUGGCCGAUGGGCGUGACUUUAGUGAUAUUGUUUCAACACUAAGGAGGAAUGGAGCCAUUUAUACGCCCUUACCUGUGGAGGAAAAUGAUAGUGACGAAGAGAUGAACGAGUAAGCCCUUCAUAGCAACUUGAGCAGAUAUGUGGCCUACAAAAAUGUGCAACCUGAAGCACCAGUACCCAGCUGGAACGGUACAAUCUUUGAUCCAAGAGUUAUGAUGCUAUAUCUGCAUUCAAUGUUUCAGAAAUUUUGACAAUUUCCAGAAAUAAAUCAGAAACUAUUUCAUCAUGGAUAUAAAGAAGAAAAAGAGGAGUCCAGAACUGUAUUAAAAAUACUUUUAAUUCGUUUGGUUGUAAGGCAGCAAAUAAAUAAAAUAUAUAUGUGAUUACAUAUUUGUUAUGGAAUAACCAAGAGUGGUUGUAUAAUAUGCAGGGGAUGUCUGUGUUCCUUUUAAUUUUGUAAACAUUUAUCAUUUCAGCGAUGUAAGAAGUCUGAUUUCUCUUGACAUGACAUAUGAAAUAUAUCAAGACAUUUAUUCUAUUCUAGUAACAAAUAAACAUAAAGCAUCAGUCAUUUUGCUAAGUUAUAAAUAUUAAGGUAGCAAAGGCCAACACAUUAAAGUGAUUAAAAGACAA